CCAAGAUUAAUUUGGACUCGGCCCUAGUUAAUUUAGCUUUCCAAAUUUCUCCACCACCGUAACUGCCGCCGAUUCCUCAGGACUCUCGUCAUAUCUUAGGCUUCAAUAAUCGCCAAUCCUCACCGCUAUGUCGCGCAUAUCUCUCUCGGCGUUGCACACGCGAUCUCUCACACCUUAUCCCGCCGAAGAAGCAGCCUACAUCUUCUCCCUCGCGCACACAGGUACCAUUCUCGCGGCCUUAACCUCAUUUUCCACGCUCCACCUGCUCUCACCAUCGACACUCCAAUCCACCGGUAGCAUAUCCACACCAGCAUCGCUUCUCUCCUCCUACACGUCGGACACACUCCUCACCGCUGGGCAAUCGGGGCAGAUAACGCUCCACGACCUCCGCGCGCCCAGCAGCAAACCGACCGUCCUCUCGGCGGCGGCUCCAAUCCUCUCGCUCACCUCCUCCACCACCGGCCUAAUCGCCGCAGGCACGGAGCUCACCUCAUCGACCGCCACCGUCCUCGUCUUUGAUCCGCGCAAUGGCUCUGCGCCGCUGCGCACGUACGGCGAGGCGCACAACGACGACGUCACGGCGCUGAGUUUCAGCAGCGACUCGUCGCUGCUGGCGUCGGGCGGCACGGAUGGCCUGGUCAAUAUCUUUUCGCUUGCGGCGCCGAAGGGGGCGCAGGGCGAGGGUGAUGAUGAGGUUGAGGGCGCCCUGAAGAGCGUGCUGAAUCAUGGCUCCGUCCAUAGGUGUGGGUUCUUGCCUGGCGGUGAGCUGUGGGCGCUGAGUCAUCAUGAGGUGUUGGCGCUCUAUGGAGAUGCCGGCGAGGGCGAGACAUUUGCGCUCGGCGAUGUGAGGAGUACCUUGGAGUGUGAGUACGCGGUUAACCUACUGCCCCGAGGCGACGGGGCCUGGGUUGUCGCUGGGAAUAAGGAGGGACAGUGGUUGGAUCUGAGGCCGGUGAGUAAGACGGGCCGUUGGGAGGAGGGUGGGUAUAGGCUGGUCGGGGGACAUGGUGCGGAGGUUUGUAGGGAUGUGUUGGUUGAUAUCACGACAAAUACGAUAUUCACCGGCGGUGAGGACGGACUGGUCAAGGCAUGGCGACCACCGGCAGAGACCACUAGCACGACAGAUGUAGAGAUGGAGACGGACCAGAUGGAAACAAAUGAGAAGGAAACAGCUGCAGAGAAAAAGGAGCGAAGGAGAUUGAAGAAGGAGAAGAAGGAACGCAAGAAGGAAAAGAAAGAUAAGGAGAGCGAGAAGUCGAGGUAUAAGCCAUAUUGA